ACUCUUCCAAAACUACUUCUAGUGAUUGUCCAAAUUUUUGUUAGUAUUUUAUUUUACAUAAGUUGUGUUUAAAUCAUAUCUUAGACUUUUCUUUAUACCUAAAAAAUAUUGAAUUAUUUUUAAAUGAUCAGAUUCAAACGGUUAAUGAGCUCUUUCAAAAGAAAAUCAUUUGGAAGAAUCCGAGUUGUGGAACAAUUUUUAGUCAGAUUUUAUUUACCUCCUAACUGAACUCCGGAUUAUUAAAAUCCAUUCUCCUACGAACCGCCGAGAAUCAACACAAAAGAAAUAAGAUAAAAUAUUGUCUUAUUUUGUUUUUUUUGAAAAUAUUGGCUUAUUUUGUUUUUUUGACUUAUACUGUCGACAUACAGCUCUGAAUGAUGCCUCUCAGAUUGACUUAUAUUGUCUUCUAAUUUCCUAGAAGAUACAAGGAACUUGUCUCCAAACUACUCCUUAUACUCUAAAUUCUACUAUGUCAUGCUGCAGUUGUUAACUUUCAAAGUCAAAGUCAACUUCAACUUCUUCUACUAUCCUCAUUCUUAAAUUGAUAGUAGCAGUGUUAUCUUUAAUAUUAGAUCUCUAUUAUUGAAUCAAAUGAGUUGUGUAUAAUCAGAAAGAAAGAAAAAAGCAACAAUUUUGCAAGAUGGCAAGGUCAAUAGUAGAUUUCACAGUACAAAAAAUCAGUGAUUUGCUCAUUGAUGAAGCUGUGUUCUUAUAUGGUGUUAAAGACAAAGUGCAGAAUCUUAAAACUGAGUUAAGAAUGAUGGAAUCUUACUUACAAGAUGCAGAUAGAAAGCAAGAAGAAAAUGAAUCUCUCAAGAAUUGGAUUUCAGAAAUAAGAGAAGCAGCUUAUGAUUCUGAUGAUGUAAUUGAAGCAUAUGUCUUAAAAAGUGCUUCAAGAAGAAACAACAUGACAGGUACCUUAAACAGAAUAAAAAUUUAUGUUUCAAUUAUCAAUAGGUUAAUAGAAAUUCAUCGAGUCGGUUAUCAGGUUAAUGAGAUUAUUUCUAGGAUAACUAGUCUCACAAGAAAUUUAGAAACUUUUGGCAUAAAAAGUGAAAGUGGAGAAGCUUCAAAUUCAAUACAUGGUAGAAACAAAGCUUUGAGAAGAUCUUAUUCUCAUGUUAUUGAAGAAGAUAUCAUUGGUGUUGAAGAUAAUGUUAAGAUUUUGGAGUCAUGUUUGGUUAAUAACAACAAUAAUGGAUACAAAGUUGUUGCUAUUUGGGGUAUGGGAGGUUUAGGAAAAACAACAUUGGCUAAGAAGGUUUAUCAUAGUACUAAUGUUAGGCAAAGUUUUGAGAGCUUAGCUUGGGCUUAUAUAUCACAACAUUGUCAAGCAAGGGAUGUUUGGGAAGGAAUUUUGUUUAGGCUUUUAUCGCCUUCUAAGGAGUUACGUGAAGAACUUGUGAAUAUGCGAGAUGAGGAAGUUGCGAAAAAGCUUUAUCAAGUACAAGUGGAGAAGAAGUGUUUGGUUGUUCUUGAUGAUAUUUGGAGUGUUGAUACUUGGAAUAAUUUGAGUCCUGGUUUUCCAGUCGGGAUAUCUUCGUCUGUUGUUGGUAGUAAAAUAUUGCUUACUACUAGGAAUACUGAUGUUGCAUUGUUUAUGGAUCCUAAUUGUUAUCGUCAUAAUCCGAGGUGUUUGAAUGAAGAUGAUAGUUGGGAGUUGUUUCAGAAAAAGGCUUUUCCAAAAUAUGAUGAUCCAGACUCGAGAAUCAGCACAGAGAUGGAGAAAUUGGGAAGAGAAAUGGUUGGAAGAUGUGGAGGUUUACCUCUAGCCAUAAUAGUCCUUGGAGGACUAUUAGCAUCAAAGCCAACAUUUUAUGAAUGGGACACAGUUAGACAGAACAUCAAUUCAUACCUAAGAAAAGCAAAAGGCAAAGAACAACAUUUAGGAGUAUCAGAAGUACUAGCUUUAAGCUAUUAUGAAUUACCCUACCAAUUGAAACCAUGUUUCCUACAUUUAGCACAUUUCCCUGAAAACCAAGAGAUACAAACAAAGAAACUAACAAGAACAUGGGUGGCAGAAGGUAUCAUAUCACUAGUCCAAAACACCGGAGACAGCGAGGAAGCUCUCGAGGACGUGGCACAACGUUACUUGACGGAACUCGUCGAAAGAUGUAUGAUUCAGGUAGUUGAAAAGAGUUCAACAGGAAGAAUUAGAACAGUACAAAUGCAUAACCUCAUGAGGGAUCUUUGUGUGUCUAAGGCUUAUCAAGAAAACUUUCUUGACAUGAUUGAUUCGCGGAAUGUGGACCAAACUAGUACCUCGAAAGCAAGGCCAACCGGUGAAGUUCGAAGAAUCGCAUUAUAUCUUGAUCAAGAUGUUGAUAGUUUCUUGCUUCACAAGUUAAAAAGCCACAAACAUCUUAGGUCUAUAAUUUGCUACCACGAUAAAACAGCUAGGUUAAGUGAAUGGCGUUCGAUGAAAUCAGUUUUCAAAAAAUGCAAGUUACUUAGGGUUUUGAAUUUGGAAGGAAUACAAUGUCAAAUGGGAAAAUUACCUAAAGAAAUUGGUUACUUAAUCCAUUUAAGGUUUCUAAGUCUAAGAAACACAAAAAUUGAUGAGUUGCCAAAUUCAAUAGGAAAUUUAAAGUGCUUACAAACCUUAGAUCUUCUCACAGGAAACUCAACUGUUCAAAUACCAAAUGUAAUAACAAACAUGGAAAAGUUGAGACAUUUAUAUCUUCCUGAAUCAUGCGGCAACGACGUCGAGAAAUGGCAACUAUCCAAUCUGAAAAACUUGCAAACUUUGGUUAACUUUCCUGCAGAUAAAUGUGAUGUAAAGGAUCUCAUGAAACUAACCAAUUUAAGAAAAUUGGUAAUAGAUGAUCCUAACUAUGGAGAAAUCUUCAAAAGUACGAAAGUAACCUUUAACCAUCUUGAGUCAUUGUUUUAUGUUAGUUCUGAUGAAAUUUCAAUUCUAGAAGUUUCUGCAGGGUGUCCUAAUCUAUACAAGCUUCACAUUGAAGGACCUAUAAGUAAUUUCCCUCAACCAAACGAAAUUUCGUCAAAACUUGCUAAACUCAAAUUACAAGGUUCUGGUCUUGUUGAUGAUCCAAUGAUAACAUUAGAGAAGCUUCCAAAUUUAAGGUUACUUGAGUUACAACUUGAUUCAUUUUUAGGGAACAAAAUGGUUUGUUCAAGUAAUGGUUUUCCUCAGUUACGGUCACUUGUUUUGAGUGAUUUGUCGAAUCUCGAAGAGUGGAAAUUGGAGAAAGGUGCUAUGACUUGUCUUAGUAAACUUGAGAUAUCUAAUUGUACUAAGCUUGAGGUUGUUCCUGAAGGGAUUAGGUUUGUGAUUAGUCUUAAGGAUUUGGAGAUUAGAUCAAUGUUUGCAGCAUUUAGAAUCAAACUUGAAAAAGGUGGUGAUGAACAUUACAAAGUUCAACAUGUUCCAUCUUUGGUUUUUCGUUAUUGUGAUUAUUAGUAUGGUUUGUAUGUGAAAUAAAUGAUUUCAUUUUUUUUAGUCUUA